GGUGCCGCAUCCCUUUGGUAGAUUUCGGCGCCGAGUGAAAUACAGUGGACAUGUUUGAAUCGGGCAGUGAACCGUUAUCGCCUACGUCUUCGUCGGAUUACGAGCAGUACACGGCCUCAUCAAAGUUGAUGGAUUUGACGAACGCGGGUGAUAAAUAUUUGCAAACGAUCGGAUCUCAAGCCGGCGAUCAUCAACAAAGCGCUUUUAGUGUUUAUUAUGGACACCCGGUAGCAGCUAAUCAUUCCGAAAUGAGGUAUUACGAUGAGUUUACCGACAAGACGUACCUAUGCGAGAAGAAAAUACACAACCCGAUUUACAUGGACAACAGGUAUCCCCCAUACGACGAGCCCUAUAUCAAAGUCGAACCGGACGAGGAGCAAACGACCCCCAAAGGCAGAGCGUUGGGCAGAAAACGCAAAAGCGUAGAUUCCGACGACGAAAACUCCUUUAACGGCAAAUCAAAAUCGAGGAGGAAAUCUCCUCAAAGCUACGAGGAUAUCCAGAACCAGAGGAUAAUGGCCAACGUGAGAGAGAGACAAAGGACGCAGAGCUUGAACGAGGCGUUCGCGAGCUUGAGGAAAAGCAUUCCAACUUUGCCGUCGGACAAACUAUCGAAAAUCCAAACUCUGAAAUUGGCGGCCAGGUACAUCGACUUCCUCUACCACGUUCUAUCCACGUCGACACCGGAAAAUCCGGGGGAAAGUGACGUCUUGGGGAACGUGUGUUCCUAUACAGCCCACGAGAAAUUGUCGAGGGCUUUCAGUAUGUGGAGAAUGGAAGGCGACUGGAACACGCAGUUAUGAAAAUCGGUGCUGGUGGUGUAUAGAUUUGCUUAGUCGUGUACGAUGUUUCUUUUUGCUGGACAGGUGCAAUUUUUCGUGUAAGAUAUUCCUUCGAGAUUAUUGUUUAGUAUUCGGCGGCCGGGUCAUCUUUCUUCUUCGGUUCAAUUUGAAAUUAGUAAUAAAUAAAUAUAAAAACGAAAUCGAUUGAUUUUGAAUGCAAUUGGUGCUUUAUGGACCAUUCAAUCCGUUAUGAAGUUCAAUCACCAACAGAAUUAAAGCUCAAAUCGUUGUUCAGAUUGGCGCAUCAUCUCGGGACAUAAUUUCUUUAUUAAAAUGAAUAUUUUUUUAUUAAAUUUUACAAGGAACGAUUGAAUCGAAGUUAAAAUUCUCAACCACUUUUUAAUAUUUUAAGUUUUUAUGGCGAGAGAAAUGACGGGGUUUAGUAAAUUAUAUUGUUUAACCAUUUAGCUUAGUAGGAGGCAUUUUUCUUGCCUCGCCCAUUUGUGAUCUAGAUGUAUAAUACUAACCAUUUCGUAUAAUACCAUAAAAAGUGUUAAUAUGAUAUGUUGAGAACCGUCGCCCGCAGCUGUUGGGAUUUUUUUAAACUUAUAUUCUUAAGUUAAUGACGCAUUUUUUGCUCUUCGGGAGCAUCUCCAGUUUCACGGUUUUAUAUUCCAAUUAGUUACCAAAUGUCUUAGGUUUAGGUUCGCAGUGCAUAAGUGAAUCUCUAGUUAGGUGUACAUACAUACCGCAUUUUAUUCCGCAACGUAUUA